AUGAAUAAAAUUUUAGAAAUUGGAACUAUCUUAUUUCUUCUCCUCUGGAUUGUCUUUGUUUAUGCAUUUAUUGCUCUUCCUGACAGAGUGCUGCAAAGAAGAAAAUCUAACGAAUCUGAUGUUGAUGUGUCAAUUGAUUCUCCUACAAAUAAUUCCUCUUAUAACGAGAGAACAUCAGGUGAAUCUGUACUAAAAAUGCUAGAGGAUGAAGAGUCAAUCUACCCUCUUAAUUUGACCUGCAAGCCUGAGUCCUUUGGAUAUACAUUGGGGGAAGCCUUUUUUUUAUUUCCAAAUGUUACAUAUCCAAGAUGUGAGACAAAGUAUAAAUCAAGUCCAAAAAUGUUCUAUAUAGACAGAAAAGAUAAUACUUUGCAUAUGAAAUGCAAUGGCAAAGUAGCGCUGGGGCCUUUGGAGGAUAAUGAAGAAUUUGGGAAAUAUCAAUACAAUAAUAGGUUGAAAGAAUAUAAAGGAAAACCAAUAGCCCUUGAAUCAGAGGAAUAUGCAUUUGGGUCCUGCAAUUCGCGCAAAACUACCGGUUUUGAGCAUGUGGUAUAUAAGGUGAAGCCAAACCAUGAGUCUUUGGAAAGAGCAAAAAAUUCAUUAUGUGGGAAACCUAUAAAUAUUGUUAUGUUAGUAAUUGAUUCUCUCUCAAGGAGAAUGUUCUUUAGAAAGCUCCCAAAAUCGGUAGAGUAUCUAAAUUCCAUUGCAAAAAAUGUGUCUAUUUUCGAUUUUAAACUCCAUCAUGUUAUGGGACAAAAUUCUCAAUAUAGCUUCAUGCCCACAUGAUACGGAGAUAUACCAAUUGUAGUGUCUUCAAUGAAUAAGGGAGACUUAUAUUAUGACAUCUCCAUAUGGAAAUAUUUGCACGAGAGAGGCUUUGUAACAAUGAUGGGAAUGGAUAAUUGUGGUGAUAAUUUACCACAAUUUAUAGGAAGAAAACCUAAAGUCGAUCACAGAAUGGGCUCAAUAUGGUGUGCGGCUAGUGCAUUGUAUGGAUAUAGUGAGAGUUUGAAGAAAGAGCGAUGCAUUGGGAAUAAAAAUACUCAUGCAUGAAUGAUGGACUAUAUUUUAGACUUUUCAGACGUCUAUAAAAACGUAUCAAGAUACACUUAUAUGCAUAUAGAUACAGCGCAUGAAGAAACAGGAACUGUUGUCUCCACAAUUGAUUUAGACUUACUAGUCCCCCUUUCUCUUCUAAUAUAAAGGGCAUUAAUGGUUUUAGAAAAAUUAAUAUUAAAUUUUUUUUCAAAUUUUGUUUAAAAAUAUUUUUAUAAAAUAAUUGAUCAAAGUGCUAAUUUUAUUAAAUAGUAUGUUACUUGCAAUCCCCCAUUUAAAUUAAUACUCUUUAUAGGUAGAUUUUUGAUUUGACGACAUUAAAUUGGUAUUAAGGAUAUUUACAUAUAAUUAAUUAUUUUUACUAUAAAACAUAAAAAUUUUAUUCAAUUUUGAAUUGUUUUAUUUAAUAAGGAGUUUAAAAACACUUCCUUCGAGAUUUUACAAGAAGAGAUGAAGACUAUGUAUUAUUCCUAAUGGGAGAUCACGGCAUGAGAUAUGGAUCGUGAUUUAAAUCAAUAGAUGGCUCUCAUGAGCAUAAAUUGCCGCUUUUACUAAUCAUAACGAAAAAUAGUGUCUUAAAUAAUAUUCCUUCAGGAUCCGACGCUUUGCUACAUAACUCAAAGAGACUAUUAACUUUUCCGUCUCUUGAGCGAGCAAAAUAUACUCUUUUAUAGGGCUUUUUUAAAUUUUAUAAUAUAUUUUAUUAGAAUGAAAACGGUUAUAACUCAUUUUUUCGAUUUCAAACUUGUAAUAAAUUCAAAUUUUCACACAUUGAUAAAAAUCGAUCUGAAUCUGAUUGAUAAAAAUAGAUGUGAAUGUGAUCUAAAAUUAAUUUUCUGAGAAAGGAUUCGAGUCUAAUCUUAAUAAAUUAGAGAUUUCAUUAUAGCAAUUAUCAAUUAUAAAUUAAAUAUUUUUCCAAAUUUAUUGCUCGCUUUUGGAGCGCUUUUAACAAAACAAUAUGGAUUUUGCAAUGGUUUUAUCGCUAUGGAAAGCAAAAGGGCAGUAAGCAAAUUUGAUUUCCACACAACUUUGCAGCAUCUUGGAAACUACCCUGACCUAGAAUCUCACAGAGAGGAAAUCAGAACAAAAACCUCAAGUAGAUUGACAACUUAUAAUUGGUUUACUGAUUAUAUCCCAGAUAACAGAACUUGUGAAGAUGCUGGAAUCCCUAUUUAUUGGUGUGGUUGUCAGCCUUUUAAAGAAAUCAAGGACGAUAUAAACUCAGAGAAAUUCGUUUAUUUAACAAAUAGUAUCAUAGAAACUUUUAACACAGAACAUAAAAUUCACCAUAAGCCAAUAAAAAAAAUUUGCCAAGAACUACAUUUAAAUAAAAAUACAUAUAUAGGGAAACUAAAAGAUGGGGAUGUAGACUAUUAUAAAAUAAAAUUUACAGUCCUAGAAAAAGAAUCAGCACUGUUUGAGGUAAUUACAAGGCUCUCAUCAUUCUAUAUAGAUAAAAAAGAAUCAGAAUAUUUCAACGUGAAAAAUAUUGAUUUUGACGGUAAGAGGUUUUACAAUAUAAUGAAUGUAAGUAGACUGGAUUCGUAUGAUAGCAUCUGCAAAGAUGAAAUUGUCAAAAAUAGAUUUGAUCCUACUUAUUGCAUUUGUGACGAGGAUGAUUUUAAGAGAAGGUCACCAAAUAGCCCAGAUAGGAAAAAUAACUCACCAUAA